AUGGAUCACAUAGCUGCUUACUCAGGUCCACCAUCAGUAAAUCCCUAUUGGUACUACGAUCCUCAUGUGUAUCAACCCAAUGUUAGUGUUUCAUAUAAUCCAAACAUCUCAGUAAAUACACCACCUCAUCCGUCGUUUGAAAUGUACAAUAAUAGUCGAUUUGCCGAUUCGGGCUAUCUUUCACGCACACCAACACCACCAACACCAUUACGUCUUCCAUCACCACAACCAGUUCCUAUCCGACAGGAUAAUGAGGAAAAUAGCACGGAUCUGAAUGGAAGUUUAACACAUCGACCGACUUUUGUAGCCGAUGUUGAUGCAAGAACUGUGGAGAAACCAGUUGCGGAAAGCAAAGCACGUUUACCUUAUGUAAAACGAACAAGAAUUCAAUAUACAUUGCAACAAUUACAAACAUUAGAAGCUGCAUUUCAGCAGAAUCACUAUCCUGAAGUAACUACCGUGGAUGCGUUAGCCGAAUUACUCGAUGUUCGUCAUGAAAAGGUUUCAAUUUGGUUCCAAAAUCGACGAUCACGUUUCAAGAGACAACAAAAACCGAAGGCUUCAUCCUCAACAAUCGAUGUUCCGAAAAAGCAUUCGGUUCCCUCGGUUGCAUCGUCAUCAUCUUACGAUCCAUCGACCGCGUGUUAUCCUCCUUAUUUUUGGCCAUCGCCUGUUGUGGAUGCUCGAACAAGUGCUUAUGGAAUGAGCUCACAUACUCCAUCUUACUAUGACAAUGCUUCCAGUCCUAUGUGGAAUACAAAUAGUAUUCCUUAUCCAAGUCCGAGUACAUGGGAUCAAUCAUGA